AGCUAGUGAUGGACUAAUACAUAUUACCUAUACAUAUAAAAGGACACAAAUUAAGCAUGUUAUUCUUGGGCCAAAUUGAUGUGGAAUAAGUUGUUUCAAAUAAGCAGAAACAAUUUGUGUCACGGGCUGCAGAGUUUUAGCUCAACUGUGGAACCAAAUCAACCAUCAACCAUGUCUCUGGUUCUUUCCUUUGUUCAUAUAGCCUUCUUAAUCUCUACUAUUACUCAUACUGCAUACUCAUUUUCUGGGGGAAACUCUACAACAUUAGAAGGACAUAAUAACGGCUACAUAAAAGGUCCUGUGGUGGAAUACUUCACUUUUCCUGCAAAAUCAGUUCCCUUCGAUAGUUGUCAUGCUUCUACCAUUGUUGAGGUUGGGAAGGGUCACUUUUUAGUUGCCUAUUUUGGGGGCACAUCAGAGGGUGCACCUGAUGUCAAAAUAUGGUUGCAGACUUACAAGAAUGAAAUAUGGCAAGCACCUAUAGUUGGUGAUGAAGAACCAAAUGUUCCUAUGUGGAACCCUGUAUUGUUCAAACAUCCAUCAAAUGUAUUACUGCUGUUCUACAGAAUAGGACUAGAUGUUCAAAAAUGGAGCGGAUUCAUGAAACGUUCAUAUGAUAAAGGAAUUACAUGGACAGAAAGAGAACAACUUCCACCUGGUAUAUUAGGACCUAUAAAGAAUAAGCCUCUCUUAUUGGAAAAUGGUGACUUACUUUGUGGAUCUUCUGUUGAAAGCUGGAACUCUUGGGGAUCAUGGGCCGAGGUUACAACAGAUUUUGGAAAGACAUGGAGAAAGUAUGGUCCAAUUUACAUUAAGAAUAAGACUCUAGGUGUGAUUCAACCUGUACCAUAUCAGACUGCAAAAGGGACACUACGUGUUUUGCUUCGAUCCUUUACUGGAAUCGGUAGAGUUUAUAUGUCAGAAUCCUUUGAUGGAGGCAAAACUUGGGGGUAUGCACAACCUACACAGCUCCCCAACCCAAACUCAGGUAUUGAUGGGAUUAAGCUAAAAGAUGGUCGUAUACUGAUUGCAUAUAAUACAAUUUCAAGGGGUGUACUUAAACUUGCUCUCUCUGAGGAUGAUGGUGAUUCAUGGCAUGAGGCACUUACAUUGGAGGAUACUGUGGGAAUGGAAUUUUCAUAUCCUGCUGUUAUUCAAGCUAGUGAUGGGAGAGUUCAUGUGACCUAUACAUAUAAUAGGACACAAAUAAAGCAUGUUGUUGUUAGGCCAAGGUGAUGCAGACAGACCAAAUUGUUUUUAGAUAUUAGAUAUAGAAGCAGAGAAAACAAGACAAUGAUACACAUAAAUAACACAAUGAUUGUGAUUCAAUUUCAAUGACAUGCGUACUCUUUUGCGCGGGGGAAAAGUUUCUCCCUUAGCAUAUAAGACUUGCAUUAUUUUAUUUUUCUUCCUUUUUUGGCCAAUGGCAGUCAAAAACAAGACAAAAAAAAUUAAGAAUAUAUAAAUGUCUAAACUAUGUUACUACAUACAAAAAUUUACCAAUAGCACUAUAUAAUAAGCAAGUCGAGAAUGGAUGUUUUA